AUGGAGGAAACUUGGGGUGCAGCUUUGGCAGAGCUGGGACUCCAGUGUCUGAUCAAAGCUUGCCCCUUCCAGCUGCACCCUAAACCCUCCUACUGCUUUAUCCCAGUUCCUGACUAUACGAGAAUUUCUAAAGGGGCUGUGAGCUGCACCCCACAGGAGCUAUGGUGGGUAGAUGGUGAGCUGCGGGGUCCCCUGGGCCCUGUCACCAGGCCUGGUCGAGGGAAGCCUGAGGUAGUGUCAGUGGUGGGUCGCGCUGGGGACAGUGCAGUGCUGAGGCUGCGAUGCUGCAACCCUGCCAGCCAGCCCCCUCUGCACGUCAUUGAGUGGCUGCGUUUGGGGUUUUUGCUCCCCAUCUUCAUCCAGUUUGGCCUGUACUCCCCCCGGAUUGACCCCGAAUUCCUGGGGCGGGUUCGACUGCAGAGGGGGGCCUCGCUGUACAUCGAGGGGCUCCGAGCCGAAGACCAGGGCUGGUAUGAGUGCCGCGUGCUCUUCCUGGACCGGACACACCCGGAGGAUGAGACGGCCAAUGGCUCCUGGGUGCACCUCACUGUAAACUCACCCCCUCAUUUCUUGGAGACGCCCCGAGUGCUCGAGGUUCGGGAGCUGGAGCCCGUGGCCCUGCACUGUGUGGCCCGCGGCACCCCCCAGCCCCAGAUCACCUGGAUGCUUGGAGGACGGAACCUUGAUCAGGGCCAUGGCCCUGUGCAGGUGCAGAAUGGGACCCUGACGAUCCAGCAAGUGGAACGAGGCAGUGCCGGGGUCUACACGUGCCAGGCCACCAACACCGAGGGCAGCGUCAUCCAUACCACUCAGCUGCUGGUGUCAGGUGAGGGCCAGGAGGGACCCAUUGGAGACACCCUGACUGCCCCUCAGAGGGAACCCUGGGGCCCCCCUGUGAUCGUGGUACCCCCUGAGAACCGCACAGUCAAUGCCUCCCGGGAUGUUUCCCUGGCUUGUCACGCUGAGGCUUACCCGGCCAACCUCACCUACAGCUGGUUCCACGAGGGCCGCCUUCAGGCACGAGUGCGGGUCCUGGUGGACGGGAGUCUCUGGGUUUCCGGACAGUCCAGCCGGAUGAUGGUGGACCUCUACACCUGCAUGCCCAGCAAUGGGCUCCCACCACCGCCCUCAGCCUCCGCUGUCCUCACGGUGCUCUACCCAGCAUUAGUGAUGGAGAUGCCUCCACGAGACACCCUGCCCAUCGGCAUGCCAGGGGUGAUCCGCUGCCCGGCACAGGGCCAAUCCCCCCACUGCUCUUUCGUCAGCUGGACCAAGGAUGGGCAGGCCCUGCAGCUGGACAAGUUCCCUGGCUGGUCGCAGGACACUGAAGGCUCACUCGUGGUCACAGUGGGAAAUGAGGAUGCACUGGGGCUGUAUUCCUGCACCCCCUACAACAGACUGGGCACUGCUGGGCCUUCGGCUGUCACCCGGGUGCUCCUCAAGGCCCCCCCAGCUUUCACAGAGCAGCCCCGGGAGGAAUAUUUCCAGGAAGUGGGACGAGAACUGCUUGUCCCCUGCUCAGCCCAAGGGGAUCCGCCCCCUGCUGUCACCUGGGCCAAGGUAGGCGGAGGUCUCCAGGCCCGCAUGGACAGCAACGGCAGCCUCAUCCUGCGUCCGCUAACCAAGGAGGCACAUGGGCGCUGGGAGUGCUCGGCUGGUAAUACAGUGGCCCGUGUGGCCGCAUCCACCACCAUCUAUGUGCUAGGCACCAGCCCCCACGUUGUCUCCAAUGUGUCUGUGGCAUCUGUGCCCCAGGGUGCCAAUGUCUCCUGGGUGCCUGGCUUUGAUGGCGGCUCACCACAGAGGUUCAGCGUCUGGUACACUCUGCUAGCCCACCGUCCUGACCGUGUGCACUACGACUGGGUGUCCCUGGCAGUGCCUAUGGGGAUGGCGCAUCUGCUAGUGGGGGGUCUGCAGCCCUACACCCCCUACCAGUUCAGCGUCCUCGCCCAGAACAAGCUGGGCAGCGGGCCCUUCAGUGAGAUUGUGCUGGCUGUCCCGGAAGGGCCUCCAGCCACACCUACGGCUCUCAGGCUGCUGCCCACUGACACGCUGCAGGUCUCUGCACCCCGACACCUGGUGGCCUCCAGGACGCCUCGGGGGAUCCUCCUGCACUGGGAACCCCCAGAACAGAUGCCCGAGAGGCUGGACUGCUACAUCCUGGAGGGACGGCCGGGGUCCCAGAGCUGGGAGGUGCUGGACCCCGCUGUGGCUGGCACAGACAAUCAGCUGCUGGUACCAGGGCUCAUCAAGGAUGUUCUCUACGAAUUCCGACUGGUGGCCAUGGCAGGAAGCCAGAUUAGCGGUCCCAGCAACACGGCCAACAUCUCCACUUCUGGCCUGGAGGUGUACCCAUCACGCACCCAGCUGCCUGGCCUCCUGCCUCAGCCUGUGCUGGCUGGUGUGCUGGGUGGGGUCCUCUUCCUCGUGGUUGCUGUCCUUGUGAGCAUCCUAGCCGCCUGCCUCAUGAAUCGGCACAGGGAUGCCCGGCGCCGCCGCAAGCGACUGCACCAAGGUCCCCACCUUGUCUUCUCUUCACCCCGGAAGUCAGCUGCACAUCUGCCCCCAGGCCCGGGCACUCCAGACAGCGUAGCCAAGUUGAAGCUCCAGGCCUCCCCGGUGCACUAGCCUCUGCGCCAGAACCUGCUGUGGGGGGACCCCCUGGGGUCCCGCAGUCCCCCUCUGGAUCCUCCAGCCAACCAGGACCCCUUACCCUUGGAGCCCAUCUCUCGGGGACCAGAUGGACGUUUUGUGAUGGUGUCCAAUGUGGGGGCCUCCCAGGAAAGGUUGGAACCAAGCCGGGCAGAGCCCUGGAGCUCUAUGCAGCAUCCUGCCAGGCCCUGUGAAUAUAGUAGCAGCAGCCCAAGUGGACAACCACAACCAAUGUGUAUCUCGGACAUCAGCCCCAUGGGGCCACCCCCUGCAUUGCACCAGUAUCUCAGCCUGCCCUUCUUCCACGAGAUGAAUGUGGACAGAGACUGGUCUCCCUCUGAGGAACCUGGCCCUGUCCAACCCCUGGAUCACAUGGACACCCGGACCUGCCACUCUCCAUCUCUGCAGCCUCCCCUGGACUCCACCAUGGCAUUGGCGGGGUCUGCCUCUGAGCCACCUUCAGUGGCGCUGGCUGAGUGGACACUGCGGGAGCGACUACUGCCAAGUCUCCUCCCUGCUGCACCUCGGGGCAGCCUCACCAGCCAGAGCAGCGGGCGAGGCAGUGCCUCUUUCCUACGCCCCCCUUCCACUGUCCCCUCAGCUGGGGGCAGCUGUUUCAGCCCUCCUCCUGGAGACACAGGCAGCUGGGGUGGCGGUCCUGAGAGAUGGUCCCGCAGGGAGCAGGUGCGGACAGUCAGUAAGAGAAGAAAUACAUCUGUGGAUGAGAACUAUGAGUGGGACUCAGAGUUCCCGGGGGACAUGGAGUUGUUGCAGCCUGCGUCGUGGUGCUCAACCAUUCCUCGGCUUCUACACCCCACAGUGGAAGCUGAGCCAGCUGCAAAGUCUCCAAGGCUGAGCUGCCUCCUGCACCCUGCCCCACCCCUCGGCCCUGAGGCCCGCUGUGCUGCCCUUCGGGAGGAGUUCCUGGCCUUCUGCCGCCAACGAGAUGCCUCCAGAACCUGGCUGCCUGCCUGCAGACAGCAGCAGGCUCUGCACCCUGAGCAGGCCACGCUGCUGUAA